UUCUGAGAGAGAGGGGGGUGAGUGCUCUCAAGGCAGAAAAUUCGAUGAUGACCAUGACUACGAUGGCUGACGGUCUGGAGGCGCAGGACUCGUCCAAGUCUGCCUUCAUGGAGUUUGGGCAGCAGUCGCAGCAGAGCUCUCCGUCCAUGGCCGGCGGCCACUACCCGCUUCACUGCCUCCACUCCGGGCCGCACCACCAGCACGACAACAGCACCUACCCCGGGACCAACACCUACAACCGCUCCAUUCCUUACCCCUACGUGAGCCAUCCGCACCACAGUCCGUACCUCCCGUCCUACCACAACAACACAGGAGGACAGACGCGGUUAGACGGCGCAGAGCAGCAGAAGACGACAGUGAUUGAAAACGGGGAGAUUCGCUUUAAUGGCAAAGGGAAGAAGAUCCGCAAGCCUCGGACCAUCUAUUCCAGCCUGCAGCUCCAAGCGCUCAACCACCGGUUCCAGCAAACCCAGUACCUCGCGUUACCGGAGCGCGCCGAACUGGCCGCCUCCCUGGGACUGACCCAAACACAGGUAAAGAUCUGGUUCCAGAACAAGAGGUCCAAGUUCAAGAAGUUGCUAAAGCAAGGCAGCAAUCCCCAUGAGAGCGACCCUUUGCCUGGGUCCAUGUCCCUCUCCCCACACUCCCCCACCAUCCCUCCAAUCUGGGACGUGACGGCCUCGUCGAAAGGAGUGAACCUGCCCGCCAACAGCUACAUGCCCGGCUACUCUCACUGGUACUCAUCGCCACACCAGGACUCCAUGCAGAGAUAGACUGAAUCUGCAGCUCGCGCGCUUGGAACUGAACAAGUGGAUGCGCAACAGCUGAUGCGUUCAUGUCAUAAAAACCAAAUAGACGUUUGCGCCUGAUGGGCAAAGACUCUGGACAAUCGUGCCGUGACGGAGACAUGUUUUCUCGGGUUGUUUUUUUUCCAACAGCACAUUGUCUGUUUGUAAAAAAAAAAAAAAAAUAGUUGUAAAUACUCUUUUUAUGUUUUGUCAGAUUGAGUAAACAGUGGCUCAAAAAGAGACGCUCGCUUCAUAAUUUCUAUCCAGUAUUUGGCCAACAUCAUAUUUAAAGUAUUCAAGAGACGGCACGUAAAUGGGAAAAAAAAACUUCUUUAAGAUCUCCGUCUAAAGCUCAGUGGUUGGUGAAGAGCAGAGGAAAUGAACUUACCCAGCACCGUCCUCACAGACAUUUCGGUCCGGCUCGUUUUUCACCCAAUUAUCAGAGGUAUUGACACUGUUUCUCCCUCCUCUCCGUCCUAAUGCAGGCCGCUUAAUGCCAAGGCUCCACGGGAUCGAUGCUGAACAAAGCAGCCAGCUGCACUCGCCUUCAAUAUGAAGGAGAUA